AGGACGUACGUCGAUUUGCAAAGGUGCCUGGAAAAUUGAAGGAAACGCUGCAAGGGACAGCAUUCAUUUAUUACGGGGCUCCAUUCAGGGUCGAUUCCCUCGUUUUUUCCCCCACACUGUGAACUAGAGCCGAUUGUUUUUCCAUAAAGAUGGGCAAUCGGGGAAUGGAGGACUUGAUUCCUCUGGUGAACAGACUGCAGGACGCCUUCUCUGCGAUCGGACAAAAUUCCAACCUGGACCUUCCUCAGAUCGCGGUGGUCGGCGGCCAGAGCGCGGGGAAAAGCUCGGUAUUAGAGAACUUCGUAGGGAAGGACUUUCUGCCUCGUGGCUCUGGUAUUGUCACUCGGCGCCCCCUAGUGCUGCAGCUCAUCAACUGCCCUACUGAGUAUGCAGAGUUCUUGCAUUGCAAGGGAAAGAAGUUUACGGAAUUUGAUGAAGUGCGUCUGGAGAUUGAAGCGGAAACAGAUCGCCUCACCGGCCAAAACAAAGGCAUUUCACCGGUCCCUAUCAACCUGCGUGUCUAUUCGCCUCAUGUCCUGAAUCUCACACUUGUGGACUUGCCUGGCAUAACCAAAGUGCCCGUAGGCGACCAGCCAGUUGAUAUAGAGUUCCAGAUCAGGGAAAUGCUAAUGCAGUUUGUGACAAAGGAGAACUGCCUGCUGCUGGCUGUGUCUCCUGCCAAUUCUGACUUGGCCAACUCAGAUGCCCUCAAGAUUGCCAAAGAGGUGGACCCUCAGGGCCUUCGAACUAUUGGUGUGAUCACUAAGCUGGAUCUAAUGGAUGAAGGAACUGAUGCACGUGACAUCCUAGAGAACAAGCUUCUUCCUUUACGUAGAGGCUACAUUGGGGUUGUGAACCGCAGUCAGAAGGACAUUGAUGGCAAGAAGGACAUCACUGCUGCCAUGGCAGCCGAGAGGAAGUUCUUCCUCACCCAUCCAGCCUAUCGACACCUGGCUGAUCGCAUGGGGACUCCCUACCUGCAGAAAGUGCUCAAUCAGCAACUGACUAACCACAUCCGAGACACCUUACCCGGACUGAGGAAUAAACUGCAGAGCCAGCUGCUGUCCAUUGAGAAAGAGGUGGAGGAGUACAAGCACUUCCGUCCAGAUGACCCCUCUCGCAAAACCAAAGCCCUACUACAGAUGGUGCAACAGUUUGCGGUGGAUUUCGAGAAGUGUAUUGAGGGUUCAGGAGAUCAAGUCGAUACGGUGGAACUGUCUGGAGGUGCAAGGAUCAAUCGCAUCUUCCACGAGCGCUUUCCCUUCGAGUUGGUUAAGAUGGAGUUUGAUGAGAAAGAGCUGCGUAAGGAGAUCAGUUAUGCCAUCAAGAACAUCCAUGGUAUCAGGACUGGUCUGUUUACUCCAGACAUGGCCUUCGAGACUAUUGUGAAAAGACAGAUCGCCAAGAUCAAAGAGCCAUGUCAGAAAUGUGUGGACCUGGUCAUCACUGAGCUGGUCAAUACGGUCAGGCAGUGCACCAAGAAGCUGGCUCAGUAUCCCAUGUUAAGAGAGGAAAUGGAGAGGAUUGUCACGCAGCACAUCCGUGAUCGAGAGAGUCGUACUAAGAAUCAGGUCAUGUUGCUAAUUGACAUUGAGUUGGCCUACAUGAACACUAAUCAUGAGGAUUUCAUUGGUUUUGCAAAUGCCCAGCAGAGAAGCAGUCAGAUGAAUAAGAAGAAGGCUGCUGGUAAUCAGGAUGAGAUAAUGGUGAUCAGGAAGGGCUGGUUGACCAUCAAUAACAUUGGAAUCAUGAAAGGAGGAGCAAAGGAAUAUUGGUUUGUCCUGACCGCUGAGAAUCUGUCCUGGUACAAAGAUGACGAGGAGAAAGAGAAGAAGUACAUGCUGCCCUUGGAUAACCUGAAGCUCAGAGACAUUGAAAAGAGCUUUAUGUCCAGCAAGCACGUGUUUGCCAUUUUUAACACUGAACAGAGGAAUGUGUAUAAAGACUACAGGCAGCUGGAGUUGGCUAGCGACACUCAAGAGGAGGUGGACAGCUGGAAAGCAUCUUUCCUACGAGCUGGUGUCUACCCAGAGCGCAUCGCUAGUGAUGCCAGUGAGGAGAACGGCUUGGAUGGCUUCAUGCACUCCAUGGAUCCUCAACUUGAGAGGCAGGUGGAGACCAUCAGGAACCUGGUGGAUUCCUACAUGGCCAUCGUCAACAAGACUGUGCGGGACCUCAUGCCUAAGACCAUCAUGCAUCUCAUGAUCAACAACACAAAGGAGUUUAUCCAUGCUGAGUUGCUGGCUAACUUAUACUCAUGUGGAGACCAGAACACUCUGAUGGAGGAGUCAGCAGAACAGGCUCAGCACAGGGAGGAGAUGCUACGCAUGUACCAUGCUCUAAGAGAAGCUCUCAACAUCAUCGGUGACAUCAGCACCACCACUGUGUCCACUGCCAUGCCUCCACCGGUUGAUGACUCUUGGCUGCAGGUACAAGGAGGAUCUUCAGGGCGCAGAUCUCCAAUGUCUAGUCCCACUCCCCAGCGUCGGGCUCCACCUGGGCCCCCUCGUCCUGGUGGUCGCACUGCCCCAGGCCCCCCUACUGCUGGAGGGCCUCCUGUACCAUCUAGACCUGGAGCGUCUCCUGACCCCUUCAGCGGGCCCCCACCCCAGGUCCCCUCUCGUCCCAACCGUGCCCCACCAGGUGUACCCAGAAUUUCUAUCAGUGACCAAUGAGGAAUUACGCAAAUGCCAUCCAAGCAAAGGAAGCCCUUCUCACAGUGAGAGUUCACAUCCUUCGUCUGACUCUUAGAACCAGUCCUCCCUCCCUCCUUUCUCUCUUCUACCACUCUCUCUCUCUCUCUCUUUCUGUGCUUUUCCUCUGACAAAGAGCAGCAUCCUGAAAUUGCUGCAUGCCUAAUGUUGCUGUAGCAGCAGGAAUGGAUAGAGUGUGGUUGAAAGAAAAGAUGCAAAUGAAGAAUCCUGGAGAGCUGUUGGGUUAGUCACUCCCUCUGUCUGUACUAAUCACUUUGUUAUGGGCCUCUGAGUGACAUGCCCAGUGUGGACUUAUGUGUCAAUAUCUGAAAUCACUGCAAUGUUAAUUAUACUGAAGAUAUUGGGUAAUGUUUAUGUUCACACCCUCUACAGAGGUCACUCGAAGGUGUAUCUGCCAUACAUAAGCUUACAGUAUUUUCUGUCUACUCAACACUACGGGAUAAUGGACACACAAAGUAAACUCCACCGAUUUGUGAAACUUGUUAUAUGGUACUAAGUGUGAAUGUAUUCUCCUCUAAAAGUUAGAAAAAUAAUUUGUACGCACAAUGUUUGUUUUGUUCACUGUCUGUUCACUAGAAGCCUUUGCAUUUCCCAAUGAUACUAAUAAUGUCUGACUGAACUGUAUAUACACUAGGAUAUAUAUUAUGAAGCAUCUGGUAAGGGGAAAAGUGUCAGAAUUUUGUUUACCGUGGAUACCUGAUGUUGUGCAGUUAAUUUAUUUGUUGAUGCAACAGUGGAAAAUAAUGUAACCUAAGGGAAUAGUUAGUGUAAAAUUAAAGGUAAAAUGCAGCUGAAAAAUAAAUUCAAACAUCCUUUAACCCAGAAAGGUUUAAGAGUAAGUGUAGCCUCUGUUCUGACUGAUAAUGUGGUAAAUGGAUCUUACUGUAAUGUGUUGAUGUAUAUUUGUUGUGCAUCUCUGGGAUUUGUGCUUCUGUUGCCUUGUGUUGGAAUUGUACAUUUACUAAGUAUUGAAGUCAUUGUAAUUAAAAUGAACUGAUUGUAAAAAUAUAGGUAUAUGCUUUGUAUGUGUGUAUAUACAUAUAUGGAGGGCUCUACAGGCAUUACCAAAAUCUACUCUCUAAAUGGAAAGUGUGUGUGUGUGUGUGUGUGUGUGUGUGUGUGUGUGUGAGUGUGUGUGUGUGUGUGAGUGUGUGUGUGAGUGUGUGUGAGUGUGUGUGUGUGUGUGUGUGUGUGUGUGUUACUGCUGCCAUCUGUGUCUUAUUGUGGUGUGGUGUCAUAUACUGGCCAAUGCUUCCUCUAUGAAAUUAAAGUGUCUUU